AGCGCCCGGGAGUUCCUGUUCUGCAGACAAAACCAGUGAUAAACCCUAAAACCUGAGCGUUUUUCUUGCUCUUCAUGGCAUGACUCCUUAUUCUUGCAUACUCUCAAACCCCAAUUCUAUGGCUCUGUCUUCUACUCUUCGCUUAUCUUCUUCUUUCCUCCGUUACCACCUCCCGCUCGCCCAAACCCGCUUCUCUGGCCUCCGCUACCGCUUUUCUGAACUCCGCUUCUUAUCAACAUUCUCUCCUUCCUGUACCCGCCUCCUGCCGGUGCAAGCGCGCCGCAGAGAUUACUCAGGUAGAGAGGAGAGGGAAACUGAAGAGCAUAAUGGGAGUUUGUUGGUUAAGGAUUCGGAUGGGGGCAGCGACGGAAGGGUUGUGCCUACAGAGCUUCACAAAGAGGCCACCGAGGCCUAUAUGGCCUACGCCAUGUCGGUUUUGCUUGGAAGGGCUUUGCCAGAUGUAAGGGAUGGGUUGAAGCCUGUGCACCGGAGGAUAUUAUUUGCAAUGCAUGAAUUGGGCCUUUCCUCUAGAAAGCCAUUCAAAAAAUGUGCUAGAGUUGUUGGUGAGGUUCUUGGGAAGUUUCAUCCCCAUGGAGACACUGCUGUCUAUGAUGCAUUGGUGCGAAUGGCACAGGAUUUUUCUUUAAGAAGUCCACUUAUUCAGGGUCAUGGCAAUUUUGGUUCGAUAGAUGCAGAUCCUCCUGCUGCCAUGCGUUAUACAGAGUGCAGGCUGGAAGCACUCACAGAAGCAGUUUUGUUGGCCGAUCUUGAACUAGAUACUGUUGAUUUUGUUCCUAAUUUUGAUAAUUCUCAAAGGGAACCUUCACUUUUGCCUGCUCGGCUUCCAACAUUAUUGUUAAAUGGUUCAUCUGGGAUUGCGGUCGGCAUGGCAACCAACAUUCCUCCUCAUAAUCUUGGAGAGCUAGUUGAUGUGCUAUGUGCAUUAAUCCACAAUCCAGAUGCCACUUUGCAGGAGUUGCUGGAAUAUAUGCCUGGACCUGACUUUCCAACUGGGGGAUUAAUUAUGGGAAAUCUUGGGAUCUUAGAGGCAUAUCGGAAUGGGCGAGGACGCAUCAUUGUCAGGGGAAAGACAGAUGUUGAAGUGAUUGACUCAAAAACCAAGCGAACUGCAGUUAUCAUAAAAGAGAUUCCUUAUCAAACCAACAAGGCAUCGCUUGUGGAAAAGAUUGCUGAACUUGUGGAGAAUAAGAGUUUAGAUGGCAUCAGUGAUAUUCGUGAUGAAAGUGAUCGCUCAGGAAUGCGGAUAGUGAUUGAGCUGAAACGGGGAUCAGAUCCAUCAAUAGUGUUAAAUAACCUUUAUCGUCUUACUCCUCUUCAGUCUAGCUUUAGCUGCAAUAUGGUGGGCAUUCUUGAAGGACGACCCAAACAGAUGGGUCUAAAAGAUUUACUUCAGGCAUUCUUGGAUUUUAGAUGCUCUGUUGUUGAGAGACGUGCCAGGUUCAAGCUUUCACAAGCACAGGAGAGAAGACAUAUUGUUGAGGGUAUCGUGGUGGGGCUUGAUAACUUGGAUGGAGUAAUUCAAACAAUUAAGGAGGCUUCAAGCAAUGCAUCUGCAUCUGCGAGUCUGAUGAAUGAAUUUAAUCUUUCUGAGAAGCAGGCUGAGGCUAUAUUGGACAUAAGCCUAAGAAGACUUACGCUCCUUGAGAGAAAGAAGUUUAUUGAUGAAAGUAAAUUAUUGAUGGAACAAAUCUCAAGGCUAGAGGAACUAUUAUCCAGUAGGAAAAACAUAUUACAGUUAAUUGAACAAGAAGCUGUUGAGUUGAAGAAUAAGUUUUCCAAUCCAAGGCGUUCAUUGUUGGAGGACUCAGAUACUGGUGAAGUUGAAGAUAUAGAUGUUAUUCCAAAUGAUGAAAUGCUUUUGGCCAUUAGUGAAAAAGGUUAUGUGAAGCGAAUGAAGCCUGAUACCUUUAAUCUUCAAAACCGUGGAACAGUUGGUAAAUCUGUUGGAAAGCUGAGAGUCAAUGAUGCAAUGUCCGACUCUGUUGUCUGUCAUGCACAUGACCAUGUGCUAUAUUUUAGUGAUAGGGGAAUAGUGUACUCGGCCCGUGCUUACAAAAUCCCUGAAUGCACCAGGACUGCUGCUGGCACGCCAUUGGUCCAGAUCUUGUCUUUAUCUGAUGGUGAAAGAAUAACUUCCAUUAUUCCCGUGAGUGAUUUUGCUGGAGAUCAGUUUCUGUUAAUGCUCACAGUCAAUGGUUACAUCAAGAAAGUGUCUCUGAAUAUGUUUUCAGCCAUACGUUCAACAGGAAUCAUAGCAAUUCAAUUGGUUCCUGGUGAUGAACUAAAAUGGGUUCGCUGUUGUACAAAUGAUGAUAUUGUUGCAAUGGCUUCACAAAAUGGAAUGGUCAUCCUAACAUCCUGUGAGAAUAUCCGAUCACUAAGCCGAAAUACCAGAGGUGGAGUGGCCAUGAGACUAAAGAAAGGAGAUAAGAUGGCAAGCAUGGACAUAAUACCAGCUACCAUGCGAAGAGACUUGGAGAGGGCGUUUGAAGAUCCUAGGAGCCACAGCAACAAGGGCAAUGGUCCAUGGUUGUUAUUUGUGUCUGAGAGUGGUUAUGGGAAGCGGGUUCCACUUAGUAGUUUUCGACUGUCACCUUUAAAUAGGGUUGGUUUAAUUGGUUGCAAGUUUUCUGCAGAGGACCGCUUGACGGCUGUUUUUGUGGUUGGAUAUUCAUUGGCAGAAGAUGGCGAAAGUGAUGAACAAUUGGUUCUAGUAAGCCAAAGUGGUACCGUAAACAGAAUUAAAGUUCGGGAUAUUUCAAUACAGUCCCGCUUUGCAAGGGGGGUUAUUCUGAUGCGCCUUGAGCAUGCUGGGAAGAUUCAAUCUGCAUCUCUAAUAUCUGCAACAGAGUCCGAGGCCAAGGAACCAAUUGCCAAUACAACAUCAGAGAUAGCAGCAACAGAAACUGAAGCACCUGAUAUCCUUUCCCAGGCAUCAUAGCAAAUUUUGGGGAUCCUUGUACAUGCCUUUGUAAAAUGUCUUGUGCUAUUCAAAAUUACUUGCUGGUAUUCUAUGAGAAUACAAAUCUAAUCUGGAGUAAAUUUUGUUGGAACUAGGAGCAACUUUCUUCCUAGAUAAGGGUGCUGAUCCCAGGUGUAGAUUAGGAAAUUCUGGUAAGGAAUCAAGUAAAGAUGUAGAUCCCUGCUGUAGCUUAUUUAUUUUUCAGUCAUUCUGAACUUUUCUUAUUCGGAUGUUUACUGUUUCUUGUAGCUGAUUUCAUUCAUUGAACAAUAAGACAAGCUACUCCCAUUUCCCAA